UUGUAAAUAAAUUGUUUAGAAAUUAUAUAAGUUGGUGAUGACAAAUUCAAGAGAGACAUUAGAAACAUAGCAUCCAAAUGGGAUCAUCCAUGAAGUCUUCUUCUAAAGUUCCAGUUCUUGAUCUCACGAGCCGACAGGACUUGAACCCAAACACGUCUACGUGGCGUUCCAUUUCUAGAGAAGCCUGUGAAGCCUUGGAGGAAUACGGCUGUUUCGUGGCCUUGUACGACGGAGUAACGCAGGAGCUAGAUGAUUCAAUCUUCGCCGCUGCUGAGGAACUGUUCGAUCUCCCGACUGACACAAAGAGGAAGAACGUGAACGAGAAGCCGUACCAUGGCUAUGUUGGUCAAAUGCCUGUGAUCCCUCUUCAUGAAGGUCUUGGUAUUGACUAUGUUACAAACAAAGAAGAGGCUCAAAGAUUCACUCAUCUCAUGUGGCCUCGAGGAAACCACCAAUUUUGCGAAACCGCUCACGGUUUCUCAAACUCCGUUGCGGAAUUGGACCGACUAGUUGUGAGGAUGAUAUUUGAGAACUACGGUGUGGAGAAACACUAUGAUUCACAUGAAGGGUCAAAAACUUACUUACUCAAAUUCCUGAAGUACUUGGCUCCACCAGAGUCAAUCUCAAUGCCAGCUUUUCCUCAGCACACGGACAAGACCUUCUUAUCAAUACUUCUCCAAAAUGGUGUGAAUGGUUUAGAGGUGAAAUCAAAGGACGGUGGAUGGAUUUCUCUUCAUCUCCCACCGAAGUCAUACGUUGUCAUGGCUGGUGACAUCUCUAUGGGUUGGAGCAAUGACAGGAUACGUUCUUGUGAGCAUAGAGUAACAAUGGAAGGCGACAAGACAAGGUACACUUUAGGUCUUUUCUCUUUUAUCAAGGGAUUGGUUUCGGUCCCUGAGGAGCUUGUGGACGACGAACAUCCUCUCAUGUACAAGCCUUUCGAUAACAUCGCUCUCAUAAAUUUCUAUGCAACCAAAGAAGGCCGUGAAGCGAAGUCAACUCUCAAAGCAUAUUGUUGUAUCUAAAAAGCAGCUUUACAGUCAGACGAUUGAUCAAGUUGCCAAUUUUAUAAAUCUAAAUGCCAUCUUACUGGUUCUCUCACUCUGCUCUACUAUAAUAUGUUCAACCAUCCAUACUCUUCUUGUUCUGGUUGAAUAUUUUGCAUGUUGAUUUUCGUUGCUUUGUGCCAGGGUUCGAAUUUUCUCUUGAAAGUCUAAGUUCAGAAGACAUUUUAAGUUCAUUUUCAGUAUGGGUCUUAUGUAUCAUAUCUUAUGUGUAUAUAAAUCUCCGAUUAGUGAA